ACUUUCAGUUUCGUUUUUAGUAAGGUUAUUCCCUACUGACAGCGAGCUUUGUAUGUGGAUCUCGAUCACAUAGUUUCAGUGUCGGAAAAAUCUCUGCGCGGUGGCAUUUUAAGAGUGAUUACGUGCGUCUCUUUCUGAUCUGCCUCGGAUAUUAGUUAUUAAUGUGUGAAUGUGUUUUCAGCUAUAAGAUGAAGCCUGUGCUGUGCGCUUUUGUGACGGCCUUGAUCGCGCUGCAGUGUGCCGAAUGUUUAAAGAGGACAUAUUAUAUAGGAAUACGAGAGGAAAACUGGGAUUACUCGCCCAGCAGAAGAAACCUUAUCAACAACCGAAGCAUUGACCAAGAACACGCAUCUGUUUUUCUGUCAAAUGGCGCUACCCGAAUAGGGAGUGUUUACAAAAAGGCUCUGUACAGACAGUACACAGAUGACUCUUAUUCCAAAGAAAUACCUAAACCUGAGUGGCUUGGCUUCCUUGGACCUGUUUUACGGGCUGAGGUCGGUGAUGUCAUGGUGGUACACAUGAAGAACUUUGCAAGCAGGAAUUAUUCGCUUCACCCACAUGGAGUGUUCUAUAAGAAGGAUUCAGAAGGUUGGAGAUUACAGUUCAUUAUCUCUCUCUAUCAGUUUCCUUAUUUAGUCUUUCUUCAUCCAUUUCCUUCUGCUUUUCUCAUUUACUAA